AUGGGCACCGUGUUGUCUCUGUCCCCUAGCUCGAGGAGAUCUAGUUUAUUUGAGGAUGGUACCGAUUCCAAGUCUUUGAAUCACUACCACGCCAUUCAAAGUGCCAAAAACAAUGGUCAGAAAGACAAGAAUUUAAAACGUCACUCCAUGUUUAUCCCCGCCCUGACCUGGAAGCGCCUGGUGGCCUCCACCAAGAAGAGAAGCUCCAGGAAGUCCAAUCCCGGCCAUUACCACCACCAGAAUGACGUGGUGCUCCUCAACAGCGAGAAUGUGAAAAAGUCUCUUUCUUGUGCCAACCUUUCCAGCUAUGAACUCCAGGUACCCACUGACCCUUUGGGCACCAAGCAACUCUCCUCCAUCAAGAAGGCCUCCUCUCAUAACAGUGGAGCAGGAUCACCCAAACGUGUUAUAGUCCAGGCAUCCACCAGUGAGCUGCUGAAGUGUCUGGGGGAGUUCCUCUGCCGACGUUGCUACAGGGUGAAGCACUUGUCCUCGACAGAUCCUGUUCUCUGGUUGCGCAGUGUUGACCGCUCCUUAUUGCUGCAAGGUUGGCAGGACCAGGCAUUUGUCACACCAGCCAAUGUGGUCUUUGUCUACUUGCUUUGUAGGGAUGUCAUCGACGGGGACCAGGUGGCCACAGAGCAUGACUUGCAAGCCACCCUCUUGACCUGCCUGUAUCUCUCCUACUCCUACAUGGGCAACGAGAUCUCCUACCCACUGAAACCCUUUUUAGUAGAGAGUGCCAAGGAUGCUUUCUGGGACCGGUGCCUUCGCAUUAUUAACUCCAUGAGUACCAAAAUGCUGCAGAUCAACGCUGAUCCUCACUAUUUCACACAGGUCUUUGCGGAUUUGAAAAACGAGGGAAAUCGAGAUGACUUUAGCAGGAAUUCUGUUACUUUAGAUCGGUGA